AUGGUAGCGGUGAAUGUGAUUGGUCAAAGGAUGGACUUCUUCGCCCUGCUGCACUCCUGUGCUCUGUUGCUGGUCCUGUCCCGGAGGAGGAGGAAGUCCAUCGGGGAAGUGUGGCCCAAGUACUGCUGGUUCACCGCGGGACUCAUGGUCCUGCAGUACCUGCUCUGCAUCGGCAUCCCCCCCGCUCUGUGCACUGAUUACCCCUGGAGGUCUUCGUACGGACCGCUGAGCUCCAACGUCAUCAAAUGGUUUUUCCUCCCGGACUUCGCCAUGAGACCAGACCCUCUCUUCAUAUUCUGUACGUACAUGUAG